AUGUUGCAUGAAGCAAGGGACAGACAGAAGUUCCUCAGUGAUGUUCAAUAUCUGCGGGACAUGCAGCAUAAGGUGGAGUCUGAAUACCAGGCUUGUCUGAGACGACAAGAAUGCAGAAGAGACCCAAAUGAGAAGAAUGGAGAUCAGUUUGGAGGGCAAGAGACAAAUUUUGAGAGAUCCCGAUUUUCAAGUGGGUCAUCUUCCAAACAGAGUUCUGGUGAGGAAGAUCCUCUAGCCAAACCAAGAUUAUCUAUCAAGAAUUCUGCCAUGAAGUGUGAUUCCAGACUUCCAGCAAUUGACCAAACAUCUGUCAAGCAAAAACAUAAAAGUACCAUGACUACAAGGAAACCAGAGAACGUGGGCCCCAGCAAAUCCUCUCCAGCAGCCCAGUCACCACAGAUUUUAUCAAGGAAGAGGAGGCCAAACCUGGGGAGACUGGCGGUCCGACCAGAGGCGCAGAGCCCAAGAGCGCCUGGGGACAGAAACAGACAGAAAUCACAGCUGCCCGCGAAGGUGCCGGUCCUCAGGGGAGCAGAUCCAGUUCAACAAGAAGACCCAAUGUGGACAAGUGACACUAAGCUGAAGAGGCCAACUCGAGAGAAAAGAAACUUAGUCCCAUCCUCACAGCCAAUGACAAUGACCAAGGACACCCCUGAGAGAGCCAGAAAAGGAGACCCACAUGCUCUUUCCCAGAAAGAGCCACAGCCGGCCCUACCCCAGGCCCUACCCCAGGCCCUACCCCAGGCCCUCCCAGGGACAAACAGGCCUCAGGUGUUGAGCGAGUCCUCGGGGCCACCACCCUGCACCACCACCAUGGGAGGCUCAAGAAGGGUGCCAUUUAGGUUCAGAGAUGAAGAUUUUUAUUCCGUGUUAUCAUUAAGCCUUGGAGAAGAAAACGAUGACACUGAAGAGGAAACCCAUGUGGAGGAGGAACUUUUGCUGGCUGGCAUGGACCCACCCCAUUCUCCUUCCCACCAUAAAAGAAGUCAUUUUCUCAGAACACCAGCCUCUCAAGACAAAAAUAAAAAUGUUGAAGAAAAUCCUGAAAAUUGCAGAGCUAAUUCUGUAAGAAAAAGUCAGUCCAGUCAUGGCUCACUAAGAAUAAGCAGUGUAACGGAGCCAGUGAGAGAGCAGGCUUCUGUCAGGCAGAGGAUGUUCCGAGACCCCAGGCUGCCUAAUGGGGAGUCUGCUACAGAGAAUGACAGCAGUGACAGUGAAAAUGAGGAAAAGACCUUUCAUUCAUGGGACACCAAAUUUGAACCUAAUCUAGAUAAUGAUCUCAAUGCUGAAAAUGAACUUAGUGAUUGUACUUCUAUGGAAGAUAUGUCUGGUAUCUAUGAUUAUGAGGGAGAAUGGCAAGCCUAUUUAAACAAUUCUAGUACUUCUCUUGAUCAUUUUCUUUCUGGUAGACCAAGAGCAUCAGUGAAUUCAUCUUAUGACACUCCUGGAUCAUUAAUACAUUCUGCCCUGAGAGAUGACAUUCCAGUAGACUUAUCGAUGACAUCUACUUUGGUUCAUGGUUCAAACUCAGAGGGAAACUCAAGAUUUAAUGUUCGUCAACCACUGUCCCCCAUUAGAAACAGGAAUCCUUUUGCCAGUCCUGAAAACCACGGUUACGUUCCAGUAAACAAUGCAUGUGAAUUUGAUGUCAGGGGAGCAGAAGCUAGUACUUUAACAAGCCACUCUCAGGGGGCUCCGUUGUACCCAGAAGAUCUCUUACUAAAUCCUCAAAGCAGCUUGUCAUUGGUGGGACCUUCCAGCUCCUCUGCAUCAAGAAUGAACCUACAAGGCCACUUGCGUGUGCCUGGGUCCCUGCAACAAAGUAUACCUCUUACUUUCUUUGCAGCAUCUGAUUUCCCAAAUCAAAAUGGUAGUGGGACCAGAGUGGCAGUCUCUGGCUUCACAGAUGAAAAGGAAGCUACUGAAAUAAAGCCUGACUCAGAGAAACUCAAGAAAUUUCAAGAAAGUCUCCUGGAGGAAGACUCAGAGGAGGAGGGAGACUUGUGUCGCAUUUGUCAGAUGACGGGGGGUUCCCCAGCCAACCCUCUCCUGGAGCCUUGCGGCUGUGUGGGAAGCCUACAAUUUGUUCAUCAAGAGUGCCUGAAAAAGUGGCUGAAAGUGAAAAUAACAUCAGGAGCGGAUCUAGGCGCUGUGAAGACCUGCGAGAUGUGUAAGCAAGGCCUGCUGGUUGAUCUGGAUGACCUUAACCUGACCGAGUUCUACCGGAAGCACCAACAAUCCCGGGUGCAAAAUGAGCUGAUGAACUCAGGCCUGUACCUGGUGCUGCUGCUUCACCUCUACGAGCAAAGGUUUGCAGAGCUCAUAAGACUCAACUACAGCCGGGCCGCAAGAGCGCGGUUGUCAAGAAAUUUCCCACAACCCAGACCGGAAGAAAAUGAAAAUUCUGAGCUGGGAGAUGGCAAUGAAAACGGCAUUUAUCAAAGCAACAGCCGGGUCAUCUAG